AUGGAAUCUGUUCAACCAACUGAGGUGAAAACAUCAGCAGACAAGAACAACGAGAGUGUUUUUCAUCAGACACAUGAUGGGCAUAUUAGGCAAGACUUCAGCAGUGUUUAUGGCAGAGAUUUGUUGCCAGCAGAGAGUGGUGAGGAGGUUUCCAAGAACUUCCUGAUGGAGCUGCUGGAUAUUCUGUUUGCCUACAUCUGCAAGUCGUACAAGAGAAGCUCCAAGGUGCUUGACUUCCAUCACGUGCACCAGCUGAAGGAUGGUUUAGAGGGGUUCAGCCUAGAGCUGCCUGAACAGCCUGAGAACCUCGAGCAGCUGCUGGUUGACUGCCGAGACACCCUGAAGUAUGGCGUUAAAACUGGACAUCCUCGCUUCUUCAACCAGCUCUCAUCCGGCCUGGACCUCAUCGGCCUGGCAGGGGAAUGGCUGACCUCCACUGCCAACACCAACAUGUUUACCUACGAAGUGGCACCUGUGUUCAUCCUCAUGGAGGAGGUUCUCCUGAGGAAGAUGAUUAGCAUGAUUGGCUGGCCUACAGAGGAGGGCGAUGGGUUGUUCUGUCCAGGUGGCAGCGUGUCCAAUCUGAACAGCAUGCUGUUAGCCAGAUACCAUUUCUUUCCAGAAGUGAAGACAAAGGGAAUGGCUGCCCUUCCUAAACUAGCAAUAUUAACAUCGUCACACAGCCAUUACUCCAUCCAGAAGUCUGCUGCUGUGCUGGGGAUUGGCAUUGACAAUGUGUUGCUGGUGAAGUGUGAUGAGAGGGGGAAGAUGAUCCCGUCGGAGCUAGAGUCAAGCAUCGUGGAAGCCAAAGACAUGGGCCUGGUGCCGUUUUAUGUCAAUGCCACAGCAGGAACCACUGUCUACGGCGCAUUCGACCCUCUGGAUGAUAUUGCAGACAUUUGUGAGCGGCAUGGACUAUGGAUGCAUGUUGAUGCAUCUUGGGGCGGUGGCUUACUCGUGUCAAAGAGACACAGGGCAAAACUGAGUGGAAUUGACAGAGCAUCGUCUGUUACCUGGAAUCCUCACAAAAUGAUGGGAGUCCCUCUGCAAUGCUCCGCCAUUUUGGUGCGCAGAAAGGGUAUUUUGCAAGAAUGCCAUGAGCUACGCGCGGCUUACCUCUUCCAGCAAGACAAGCACUAUGACGUCUCCUAUGACACUGGAGACAAGACAAUGCAGUGUGGACGUCACGUGGACGUUUUCAAGUUCUGGCUCAUGUGGAAGGCAAAGGGCUCAAUGGGUUUUGAGGCACAGAUCAACAGGUGUUUGGAUAAUGCUGAAUAUCUGUAUGACAAACUCCAGAGCAGAGCUGACUUUCAGUUGGUCUUCAAAAGCAAGCCAGAGCACAGUAACAUCUGCUUCUGGUAUCUACCACACAGUGUGAGAAAUAUGCAAGCAGGGACAGAGAGGAACAACAAGCUGCACACGGUGGCACCAAAGAUUAAGGGGAAAAUUAUGAUGGAAGGGCAGACCAUGAUUGGGUACCAGCCCCUGGGAGACGAGGUCAACUUCUUUCGGUGUGUCUUCUCAAACCCCGCCACUCAGAGAGAAGACGUGGACUUCCUUCUGGAUGAAAUUGCAAGGCUGGGAUCUGACAUCUAAACUGUGUUUUUUCCCAGUUAUUUUGACAACGUAGAUGUUGAUUUUUCAAGGUACAUAUACUGUAUAUAACA